AUGUGUGUCCUUCGUACGCAUUCCGCUGGUGCAAGCAAUGGUUUGUAAACAUUAAAAUAAAUAAACAAUCACUUUGAUUAAUUUAAAAUCAAGUUUAAAGUGGAGAACGAAGGCAAACGUAGGUUAAACAUGAAUUUUUUGUUCCUAAAUCUUUGUGUUUCGUUCAGGUCCGCUACCUCUGUACAGGAAACUUGAAAACAAGCUUGAAGGUCGGAAUGGUGAAAGGGCAAUUGUUCCCAGUGUUAAUGAAAGCGAAGGUAAAUGUAUUUUAGCCUAUUUAGGCCAAUUACUGGAGAAAAUUAUGUCUCGCAUAAGUUAGCGCUAACCCUGGAUUAAACACGUUUUCUGCGCUUCUUUCAAAACUUCAGGAAAAAUAAAACUUCUAUUGAUCCCGGAGAAGAUUGCCAGAAAAAAUAUUUACAGCUAGCCCCGGAACAAUUAGCCCCGGAAAAACUAGCCCCGGAACAAUUAGCCCCGGAACAAUUAGUCCCGGAACCUAGAAUAAAGUAAUGGUCUGUUCAGGUCACUAGUAGACCUCUAGUAAUACUACGAAAACUAGUUAAAGAUUUUGUGUCGCCACCAACCUAUAUGAACGGGCUUUGUGCCAAUCACAAACCACGAUCAUAUUUGGUAUUGAAGGUUUUACCAAAACGCCGAGGUUUGCUCAUGGGAUUUUGCUGUGAUUAAAUUUUAUUUAGUUCAACACGACAUUGUAAUGUAUUGGACAGAAAUAUUUCAGGGUGAUGUCGACAUAAACCUUGUUUUGAAAGGCUCAAACUCUCGAACUGAACGUAUUCGUUUACAGCAGAAUACACGAAAACCCGGAUUCUGGAAUACGGCCAGAGCUAAGUAUGUAGUCUGGAAAUAUUAUGAAUAUAGGAACGCUAUUGAAAGCGAACGCUAAUGAAAGUGAACGCUAAUGAAAGUGAACGCUAUUGAAAGCGAACGCUAAUGAAAGCGAACGCUAUUGAAAGUGAACGCUAAUGAAAGUGAACGCUAUUGAAAGUGAACGCUAUUGAAAGUGAACGCUAAUGAAAGUGAACGCUAUUGAAAGUGAACGCUAUUGAAAGCGAACGCUAAUGAAAGUGAACGCUAAUGAAAGCGAACGCUAUUGAAAGUUAAUUAAAGAAUCAAUUAAUUAAAGAAUCAACGAGAAUAACCGAAACUUCUAGUACGUUAAUAGACUUGGCAUUCAGUAACAAGCCAGAACUGAUUAUUGACUCGGGCGUGGAACACAUAGGAAUAAGUGACCAUAGCAUGAUCUAUGUCUGCCGAAAAGUUUCUAUUCCCCGAAAAGAGCCAUAAAUUGUCAACACAAGACAGUAUAAAUAUUUCGAAAUUAAUGCUUUUAGAUCAGAUUUAAUUGAAAUUUUCCAAAUACAAUCAAACCUUACAAACCCAAACAUUCUUUGGGAGGAGUGGAAAUCAAAAUUUUUGGCGGUUGCUGAUCUACAUGCGCCACCAAUUACACGGAAAGUUAGAAGUGAGUAUGCUCCUUGGAUUACAGAAAAUAUUAAGAAAAGUAUGCAAAAUAGAGAUUAUCUUAAAAAAAAGGCCGUUAAAUCGGGCUCAAGGAAUGUGCACGAAGCGUAUAAAAGAGCAAGAAAUGAAGUAAACAAACUCGUUAAAAACACGAAAACUAAAUACUUUAUGAAUGCCCUAAGUGAAAAUAAUCAAAAUCCUAAAACAAUGUGGAACACAAUUAGGACAUUGACAAACAAAAAUUCUAAAACAACUAACAUCACUGAGAUCCACGUUGAGAAUGACCACUCUGUUACCGAGCCUAAACAGAUUGCUGAUGCCUUUAAUACAUUUUUCAUUAACUAUAUUGGUACUCAACUGGCUGAUGCUUUACCUGUAACCAACAUAACACCAGAAUCAUUUAUCACCCCUGCGAAUUCCUCUUUUGAAAUUCAUACCGUUUCAAUUGAAAAAGUAUUUAAUUUACUUUCCACUAUAAAGGUUUCUAAGGCAACAGAACACGAUAAAAUCUCACCAAAAUUGCUGAAAGACUCUGCAGAUAUCAUAGCGCCAUCUUUGGUUAAUAUCUUUAACCAAUCUAUUAAAACUGGUAUCUUUCCUGAUGAUAUGAAAACUGCAGUGAUCUCACCUAUUUUCAAGUCGGGAAAUAAGACAGAGUGUACUAACUAUAGACCAAUUUCAAUACUCUCGGCAAUUUCCAAAAUCUUUGAGAAACUCGUUUCAUUGCAAUUGUCUGAAUAUCUGGAAUCCAAUGAGAUACUCACAGGUGAACAAUCAGGUUUCCGAAAGAAUCACUCAACACAAUCAUCGCUCCUUCAAGCCACCAACAAAUGGUUGAUCAAUAUGGACAAUGGGUGCUUGAAUGGUGUAAUAUUUUUGGACCUGAAGAAAGCCUUUGAUUGUGUUGAUCACGAUAUACUGCUUAAGAAACUAUAUCUCUAUGGGUCUAGCCCAAUUACCUUAAAAUGGUUUAAGUCAUAUCUGUCCAAUAGAACACAAAUAUGUAAAAUUGAGCGCACCAUGUCAAGAGAACAUAUAAAUGACCAAAUACAUGAUAAUAGGGUCUAGACAGAGAUUAGCCAAAAUUGAAAACGAACAAGAAUUAAAACUUGGGAAAACAAAUAUUAAUAGGGUAAAAUGUACAAAAACCCUAGGUGUAAUUGUCGAUGAACAAUUAACGUGGAAAAACCAGAUCGAAAGCAUAGUUAGCAAGGCUUCAUAUCGGAAUGAUACGUCGUAUUAAGAAAUAUGUUCCGGCAACAGUUUUAGAAAACGUCUAUAAGGCUAUAGUACUGCCUUAUUUUGACUAUUGCAGUUUAGUUUGGGAAAACUGUAGCGUCUACCUCCAAGAUAAAUUACAGAAAAUGCAAAAUAGAGCAGCUAGAGCAGCCUAGACCUAGGCCUUCUAUUUUUAUUUAUAUUUUUUAUAUUCAGCGCUUUUUCACAUGAAAAGACUGGGACUAGGUGAUUUGGGGGCGGGGCGGAGGAAGGACACAAGCCUGUUCCUCCGCCCAGCCCCCAAAUCACCUAGUCCCAGUCUUUUCAUGUGAAAAAGCGCUGAAUAUUAAAAAAUAUAAAUAAGACUAGAAGGCCUAGGUCUAGGCUGCAGCUAGAGUAAUUACGGGGAAACCGUACGAUACAAGAAUAAGUGAUAUGCUGAAUGAACUUGGUUGGCAACCAUUAGCUGGACGAAGGAGAUCUCAGAAAAUAGUAUUUAUGCAUAAAGUUAAAAAUAAGCAAUUCCCAGAAAGCAUAUCUAGCAUGUUCCAUAUUAAUAGAAACGACAACUACAACCUACGCAAUAAUAAUGUCAAUUAUGCACUUCCAAAACCUAAAACAGAUUUCAUGAAAAAAAGCAUAAGUUAUUCAGCCGUAAGUCUAUGGAAUAGCCUCCCAAAAGCCGCUAAACUACAUGACGUUUCUAUUUGGCAAUUAAAACAAUUCUCUCGAGCUGAUUAUAAUUACGAAUAGACGAAAUGUGCGAACAGUAAAUAGAAUCUAAUUAUGUCAUGUGUUUGUAAAUAGCUCCUGUAUUGUGUUAGGUUAGUUGUUUAAUGUCUUUUUAUAUAUUUUUUACUGUAUUACUGUAAACGGCCCCUUGGAAAUCAGAUGUUAGUAGAUCUGAAGGGUUACCGUUUCCAAAUAAGAUUAAAUAAUAACGCUAAUGAAAGUGAACGCUAAUGAAAGUGAACGCUAAUGAAAGCGAACGCUAAUGAAAGCGAACGCUAAUGAAAGCGAACGCUAAUGAAAGCGAACGCUAACGCAUGCGAACGCUAACGCAUGGGAACGCUAACGCAUGGGAACGCUAACGCAUGGGAACGCUAACGCAUGCGAACGCUAACGAAUGCGAACGCUAACGAAUGCGAACGCUAACGAAUGCGAACGCUAACGAAUGCGAACGCUAACGAAUGCGAACGCUAAUGCGUGCGAACGCUAAUGAAAGCGAACGCUAAUGCAUGCGAACGCUAAUGAAAGCGAACGCUAAUGAAUGCGAACGCUAAUGAAAGCGAACGCUAAUGAAUGCGAACGCUAAUGAAUGCGAACGCUAAUGAAUGCGAACGCUAAUGAAAGCAAACGCUAAUGAAAGCAAACGCUAAUGAAAGUGAAAGCUACCGAAUGUGACAAGAGUGCAGUAACAAUUGUUUUUAGCGACUCUUGUGUUGAAUUUAGAGCGAUGGUGUAUCGCGUAAUGAUCAAGCCUGUGCCAGGAUUAAAUUCUGUCGCCGUCUCCAGCAGUGGCACACUGCCUAACUUUAAGAAGGUCAGUAACAGAAAUAAAAAGAUUGGAGAAUUUUUGUUAACGUUCUAUCUUAUUAUGUUUGACAAUAGUAACACUCCGCAUCACCAUUCCCCUUCUUGGAAUGUUCCCGAACGGUGCUUGGCAUGUCCUCCAAUUUCCAGUGAAGCACGUGUAAUAAUGAACACUUGUCACGAUCUUAACGAGUGAUAUUUAUAUGGUUUUGGAUGUUUAGGUUCUGGUUGUGAACAAUGACAACGUGGUUUAUGAAUUUCCGUUUAAUCAGCCAUCCAAACGAACGCUAUUGAAUCGACCCAUGAAUCAAGCAGUGGAAGCUGCACUUGCCCGUGGUAUGUUUGAAUAUUGAUUCGUAAAGUUUAUUUUUGUUGAAUAAGCCUUUAGAUACAAACCACAACAGCUUAUUGUGGAAUACUAUCUACACUGGACCGCCACGUUGAGAUGUAUUUUUCAGGUAGUUCAGACACAAACCACAACAGCUUAUUGUAGAAUACUACCCUACACUGGACCACCACAUUGAGAUAUCUUUUUCAGGUAUUUCAGACACAAACCACGGCAGUUUAUUGUAGAAUACUACCUACACUGAUUAAGGUCCAUGUUUUAGACCAGCGGAGUUCUGCAUAACAGCAGAUCACUAUUUAACUGAUUCAUGCUAUAUUGUAUUCUAGAGUACCCUGCGGUGUCUAUCCGUUUCACAGGGAAUGGACUGUGUGUCAACCCAGUAAAUUCUGACCUUCCACCACCCCUUGUCACACGGCUGGUCUUGCGUUAUAACUGUGGAACACUGGAUACCUUUUUUACCAUCACUCAGACUAAGAAUCUUCAGCAUAUUGCCAGUGGACUGUUUGUUGCUGGUGAUAUGACUGGUCUUGGUACGACUAACCAAGGUAUUGAUACUGCUGAAUAUCAACUAUCUCAGGUACAAUCGGUACGUCUCGGGGUUCAGUCACAACCAGUACGUCUCGGGGUUCAGUCACAACCAGUACGUCUCGGGGUUCAGUCACAACCAGUACGUCUCGGGGUUCAGUCACAACCAGUACGUCCUGGAGGUCAGUCACAACCACUAAGUACUGAUAAACAGUCACCUCUUAGUUUUCUACAUGAUGAUAUUGGUGGUGACGGCAAACUGGCAAGUUCUAAUCAUGGUGAUCAUAGUGCACUGGACGGUCUUGAUGGUAGAAAACUGGCCAAUAAUGAUGAUGAUAGUAGACUCGUCGGUACUGGUGGUGAUAGUCAUUAUAAACUCGCCCGUCCUGCUGGUGGCGAGGUUAUCAGAAACCGUUAUAGUAAGAAACCAGCAAGAACUGGCGAUAGUGGUAAGAUUAGACCAAGCAGUAUUUUUGGUGACGUUGGUGGUGACAGUAGACCAAGCAGCAUUGGUGAUGAUGGAGAUGUCAUCAACAGAAAACCAGCCAGUUUAGGUGUUGGUAGUAGACCAAACAGCAUUGGUGAUGACGGUGAUGUUAUCAACAGAAAACCAGCCAGUUUAGGUGUUGGUAGUAGACCAAGCAGCAUUGGUGAUGAUGGUGAUGUUGUCAACAGAAAACCAGCCAGUGUAGGUGUUGGUGGUGGUAGACCAAGCAUUUUCAAAAGUCAGCAGGAUGAUGGUGAAUUGGGAGAUAUGAAUGACUAUGGUAAACUGGUCACUACUGGUAAUAUUGGCAAUAAGAAAAAAAUCUUUGGUGGUGAAGACAUUGCCAUGGACACCUUGCAUGGUACAUCACGCCUAUCCAAUCUUCACAAAGUAUUUCCCAACCAAAAGAUGAGCUCAGGUCGUUACCAGGGCUUGAGAAGUCAUCCACAGUCCAUCGUUGCUCAUGCUUUAUCGAACGACAACGACAAGAGAAGUGGAAUUACACUGAAGUCCAUGCAGACUCUGGAGCAUGUAAAGCUUAGCUUAAAACCAAGCUCUAACCUUAAAUUCCAGUUAACAUCAGAUCUCAAGAAAACUGCGAAUGACACUGGCCCACAGACUGGAAAUACAUUUCCAGUAAAUGUGCGAGAUUUAAUCGGAAUUCUUCCAUAUCACGCCUCGAAUGAUACGAAGUUGAGUGGCAGACAUAAUGACGAGCAAUUCAAGAGACAAAAUGUUCUUCAUGGAAAGAUGGAACUCGAUAGACGUGCGUUAGUACCUGAUCGCAAGUCAUACCUACAGGAAAGUGAAACUGGACUGUGCAUUGGUUUUCAUAACAUGCAAGUGGAGCUUAUGCCUUGUGAAUCCAUACCAUCUUCUGUUCAGUUUUAUGGUACGUCUACUGGUUUAGGUCAUUAUCACCAUUUUUACCAUCAUUAGUUUCACCAUUUUCACCACCAUCAUCGCAAUAAUCGUUCAUCAUCACAAUCGUCAUCAUCAGUGCCACCAUCAUCAUCACCAUCAUCACUACCACCCCCGUCACUGCUAUUAUAACCACCACAUUCUUAAUAAUUUAUCUCCUACACUUUUCAUCUCCAGGUAAACCAAAGAGCAAGCCGCCUGCAGUUCCUGCCACCCAGAAUCCCCCAGCUUCAGGUUGGUUUGAUUCAGCUCUUCACAUCACAUUUGAUGGGAAAUGUUUUUUCUUUCUGGGUAGCUGGGUUUAGGGUUCACUAAUAUGAAUGUUUAAUUUUGUUUUGAAUUUCGUUCAGCUGUCAGUCCAUGUGGAAGUACCUGUCCAUCAACGUGUGCGCCUUCCUGCGCUCAAUCAUGUUGCUCCACUGGAACGUCUUAUACACAGCCAAGUAAGCUCGUUUGAAGAAAUUAUUUGAGUAAUUACUGAUGCGCAUCUCUGUGACAGGUUCCACGAUAUGCAUGCAGUUUCUCAUUUUUUGCCUCAGUCACAUAUGAGAAGAGUGCUUUCAGUUUGCCUAACACCAGUUCAAACUUUCAUUAAUAUUAUUAUUACUAUUACAGAUAUUUAUACAGGGUGGCCAUUACAGCUACUGUAUAGACCUUAUUCAUAAAUCGUGAUCGAGGCCUCGUAUCCUAGGAAACGGGGAAAAACGCGGGAAAAUUGACAAAAUGUUUUUUUGCUGUCGGCUAUGGCAGCUUUUUAUCGUCAAUAUUACGGCUUUUUUCGAAAAUAAUAUCUAUAAAACUGAGUUUGAAAGUUGAAAAAAAUACUUUUGAGAAAAUAUAACAUGAUAUUUAAAGCAAAAGAUGCUGGAGUCAAUCGAAAAAGGAAACCUUUGACUUUGUAUCAUUGUCGUAGUUUGUAUGGCCAAAACAAACAACCAACAAGGCUACAAAACGUCUAUACAAUACCAAAAUCGUAAGAAAUAUGAAACUAUUGUUGAAGAAAUAGGAUUACAACUCACUCAGGUAAUGUAGCCUUUAUUUUUUAAACUUGUAAGCUGCUUGCAGAAUGUUAUCGAGCCACAGCCAUAGUUCAUAUUUUUCCGUACGAAUCAAUAACAUUUGACGUUCUCUUGUGAUUUUUGGCUGUUGUUUUCUUUCAUAUUUAUGUCAAAUUCAAGACAUAGUUGUCUUGAUUCUUCACGGAAUAACCUUUAUAUUGACGUUAAAAUCUCAGUAAAAUACUGUUUUUCGCUUCUGGAUAAACACCAUCGCUACGUUGUCGUUUUUUCCACACAAAAACGGGAGAAAAACCGGCCGCUUUUAUAAUAUACUCAUUUACCGCUUUCGUUGUGGUCACAAAGUCUUAAAAUACACACAAAAAUCGUUAUAAAUCGCAAAAAGCAACAAGAAACAAGCGGUUAAAGUCGACACAAUAGCAUCUGAAUUUGGCUUGUCAAGCAGUUUUCGCUUGUUUUCCCGCGUUUUGUUCCCGUAUCCUAGGAUACGAGGCCUCGUCACGAUUUAUGAAUAAGGUCUUAUGUAACACUUACCCAAAGAGAGAAGACUCUUAUUGGAUCCCUACGGAGAACAGUUUAGAACUGAUAGAGCUAUCCAGUGUUGAUAGAGUUAGUUUAGUUAACUUGGUUUAGUCCAGAAAACAUGAGAUGAUGAAAAUAUCUUUUUGUUUUAGAUUCUGGUUCAUGUGGUAGUGGCUGUUCAUCCAGUUGCUAUCCUUCAUGUACUUCAUCCUGUUGCGACACAGGGUACCAAGGCUCUCAAGGAACGUCAUCGUCCUCACCGAGUUCAUGUCCUGGUAGUUGUAGUAGUGCUCAGGCAUGUCCAUCCAGUCAAUGUCCACAGUCCUGUUGUUCAGGUAAAUCAAUGCUGAAAACUAGACCAAAGUUUAGUAUUUUUAUUCUUUUUAUUAACUAUGAGCUCAAUCUCCGUACUUUGAUAGAUCUUCCAGCAUUUCACAAUCGUUGAAAAACUGAUCACUAUUAUUAUUAUUAUUAUUAUUAUUAUUAUUAUUAUUAUUAUUAUUAUUAUUAUUAUAAACUUUAUUUUGACACGGUAGAAUCAUCAGUAAAAAUUUACAUAAUAUAGAUGUAUAUAAAGUAUAGAAAAAGGAGGAAAAGGAAAAAAAUACAAAUGCUAUUUACAAAAGACAGAACAGUACUGAUUUACAUGAUUGCCGUGUGUGAAUCUAAGCUAACUAACAUUCUAGACCUCGUUUAAAAGCACUAAGAGAUUGUGCCGAACGAAGUUCAGUUGGUAAACUAUUCCAUUAAACAGCUCCAUCGUAGCUGAGUGAGCGCUUUAGAUAAUCUGUAUGUGGCUUAGGGACAAAUAAUGUAUUUUCAUUGUUUCUCAAUCUGUAAGGACAAGAUCGCGAAAUAAAUAUGUCUUGUAGAUAUUCCGGUACCCUCUUGUUGUUCCGGUACCCUCUUGUUAUUCCGGUACCCUCUAUCCCGUUGUCCAGCAUUCGUACCCCUGUAUUUAUUGUUAAUUAUUGAACAGCAAGCAGAUUCAGCAGAACAACAGUCUUUCUAUACACAUUCGUGUCAAAGGUCGUGGAUUUUCUCCGGGUACUCCGCUUUCCUCCCACAGGGAAAGUUGACAGGGUGGGUUGGGAUAACUACAUUCACAAUAGCAAACACAAAAAUUAUUUUUCUUUACCCUCCAGGGCAGGGGGGAUCUUCAAUGUCUCAGAAUCAAGGAGGAUAUUCGAUGUCUCAAAAUCAAGGAGGAUAUUCCAUGCCUCAGAAUCAAGGAGGAUAUUCGAUGUCUCAUAAUCAAGGAUCGUCCACGACGCAGAAACAGCAAUGUCCAAGUGGCUGCAAGAAACAUUGUCGACCAUCUUGUCCAUUCAGUUGUUGUUAAAGUGUCAUUGGUAUAACGUAAGGUUUGGAUAAUAUCUUUCCAUUUCGUUGAAGACCGGAUCAUUAAUUAAUGUAACAAUAUAAAGUAUAAAUCAUUAAUAUAACAUAUAAAGUAUUUAAAAAUGACAUGUUGCAAUGUGUAAUGAAAACAAGAAUGUUAAACUUGGUAAUGUUAUACUUAUAAGUUCUCUUAAAACAGUGGUAUAAAAUAU